UCUCCCACAGUCAAAUCACCCGCUUGUACAGUCGCUUCACCAGCCUAGACAAAGGAGAAAAUGGCACUCUCAGCCGUGAAGACUUCCAGAGGAUUCCAGAGCUUGCCAUCAAUCCACUGGGAGACAGAAUUAUCAAUGCCUUCUUUCCAGAAGGAGAGGACCAGGUGAAUUUCCGUGGAUUCAUGAGAACACUAGCCCACUUCCGACCCAUAGAAGAUAAUGAAAAGAGCAAAGACCAGAAUGGACCAGAACCACUGAACAGCCGAAGUAACAAGCUCCACUUUGCUUUCCGGUUAUAUGAUCUAGAUAAAGAUGACAAGAUUUCCAGGGAUGAGCUUCUUCAGGUACUACGGAUGAUGGUUGGUGUAAACAUUUCGGAUGAGCAGCUGGGCAGCAUUGCUGACAGGACAAUCCAGGAAGCUGAUCAAGAUGGGGACAGCGCCAUCUCCUUUGCAGAGUUUGUAAAGGUUUUGGAGAAGGUGGAUGUAGAGCAGAAAAUGAGCAUUCGUUUUCUUCACUGAUGGAUGGAGAACCUAUUCCUUUCUACUCCUACUAUGUAAUGAAUAGAACUUCAUCUUCUCCUUAGCACCUUCCCCCAGAGCAUUGAUACUGGUGCAUAUUCAGUACAUCUCCAACCCCUCCUUGAUUUGUUCUGCCAAUGUGAAAAAUCCCUGUGCAUCAGAAACAAAGGGAAAUGGCUGCCAUGCAACUUGGAAAGGAGUGUUUUUAUUUUUUUCUUAAAUUUUCUCCUUCCAAUUUUUACCCUUUCUCCCUUGACUCCUUCUGCACUACUGUUUCAGCAAAAGUGUCUCUCCUUAUGUACUGUUGUUUAAUCUACAAACUGAUUCUUCUGAGCUCUGAAUCUGAGAAUGGGAAAACGGGAACACGCCAGAGAAGCACCCUCUGAAACACUUUGGAGACAAGCAUCUACUCAAAUACUAGGUGCAGUGAUAAUGAUUCACUUUUGCUUCCAGUAGCAAUUACACAUUACAGCUGCCUUUUUUU